AUGGCAGCCGGCGACACCAACAGCAAUGGCUCAGUCGAGCUCCCACUCGGCCGCACUCGCACCGAACAGGAAGAGCAAAAGAACAGACCAGACGAAUGGAAGAUCGAACAAGGUCUCCAUGCUGCCAGCCUGCCCAUCCUCGACCAGUCUGGUGAUCAGAUACGUUAUGUGAAGCCCAUGGAGUACGAGCCGUGGAAGGAUGAACGUGCUAUAAGAGCAGUCGGGAAUCCCGAGGAGUUGUUUAAGGAGGAAAGGGAGGGAUGGAAGGGGUACAUCGAGUGGGAGGCAUAUCCUGAGAAGAAGGCGAAGGCGGCGAAAAUAAUGGAGAGUCAAAAUUUCCCACCACCUCCGGAAUUUCAGCUUGGGCCGAUACCAGGCACCAAUCCAGUGCUAGAGGGAGUUCGAUGGAAGCAGUGGCAUUCUGCUGUGGGAGGACCAUUGACAGACAUACCGGCCAUAUCGUGGGAUAUUGUGAAGAAGGAGAAGCAUGAGGAGAUGCUUCAUCUGCUAGAAUUUCCAUACAACGGGGAAGCACCAAAGCGUCUCGUCACAGCCAAAGACAUCAUGCCGAACUCACUCCACUUUGUGCGCAAUCAUGGUGGUAUACCAGUGAUCGACAAGGAUAAGUAUUACUUCGAUCUGGAUGGCCUGGUCAAAGAAACUAAGCGAUUCACCCUAGACGAUCUGAUGGACGAGAGCAAGUAUCCACGCAUGGAGCAGACCGUCACGAUACAGUGCUCCGGCACUCGCCGCAUUGAGCAGAUCAAUCAAUACUCUGGCGAAGGCGACGAGAUGAUCAAUGCUCCAUGGGCCGAAGGCGCUAUAGGAACAGCCAAAUACGUCGGCGUCAGUCUGAAGAAAGUCAUCAAAGCCUGCGGCGGCUUGGUCUACCAAGGCAAUCACCUUGAAUUCUAUGGCGCCGACACCUACUUCAAGAAGAACCAGGUCCAUAACUACCUAGUCAGCGUGCCCUGGUCGAAAGUAAAGGCCAACGAAGUCAUGCUAGCUUGGGAAAUGAAUGGCGAACCACUACCUCGCAUCCACGGCUAUCCUCUCCGCAUAGUAGUGAUGGGUUACAUCGGCGCCCGCAGCUGCAAAUGGUUGUACAGAAUCAAAGCCAUCGGGCCCAACCCCUCGCCAGCACCUGUGCAGAGUCAGGAGUAUCUAUACUUCAAUCAACAAGUCGGCAAGCACAACCAGCGCAUGACAGAUGGCAUUCAAAUCCAAGAAAUGCCCGUCAGCUCCGCGAUCAUGAUGCCCUGGACGAAACAAAUCGUCAUCCACAACGGCAGCAUCCACUGCAAAGGCUGGGCAUACAGCGGUGGUGGACGUUGGCCCGAACGAGUCGAACUCAGCGCUGAUGGUGGCUUCUCCUGGUACGCCUGCGACAUCGCCGACAUGAGUCCGAAGCGCAAAUUCGCCUGGCGAACAUGGGAGAUCGACCUCCCAUGCCAAGUCGAAGGCUGGAUUGAAAUCGUCUGUCGCUGCUGGGACAACAGCCUUAACACGCAGCCGUUGAACGUCCGGGCAGCGUGGAAUUGGGGUCUGCACGUCACUUCUUCGGCGCAUAGGAUAAGUAUCUAUAGUGUUAACAAGACGCGGGAGAGGACGAAGGCGAGACUGGAGGAUUUCGCCAAGAGGGGGGUGUCAUUUGCGCCGCUGACCGUGCCGACGGAGCGGGCGAUUCAGGAUUUCGAUGAGUAUACUAGUUGGGUGAAUAAGCAUGAUCCGAGGGAUGCGGAGAAUGUUUACAAGGAGGAGGAUUUGUUUGAUGAUUGA